AUGGACGAUUGCAAUAAGCAAGAGGUAGCAACGGAAAAAGAAGAAUCGCAAUGGGUAUCUACAGAACUCGAGAUGUUAACUAAAUUUAAAGAAGAGACGCUACAACUCAGAGAAAUGUUACAAGAAAAAUCAUAUAACAAUUUUCAAUUUGAUAUUGAUCCAGAAGCUGAUUUAACAACCUUACCAUUAAAGUUAGACUGUGAAGUCUAUAACGAAGCAACAAAAGCCACGCAACUAAUAAUUGAAGAAAAUCUAAAACUGAAAGAAACAGUACUUGCAGCUUACCUUAAAAUAAAACCUAUAAUGUAUCAUGAUAGUCAAGAAGAAGAUGAUGAAAAUUAUGAAUCCCAAUCAAGUGUUAUCAAGGUCAAUAAGCAAAUUGAAGCCAUUACUAAUGCUUGCUAUCAGUUAUUUUAUGAGAUAGAACGAUUACAAAAAGAAAAUACAAUGGCGAGCAACCAAUUAAAGCGGCUACAAAUUACACCAGAGACUUUUCAGGAAGAGAAAAAAGUUGAAUAUUAUACCGGACUGCCAGGCUAUAACAUGAUGAUGAUAAUAUAUCGCUAUACAAUAGCUAAUGUGACCUAUCAUGGCAACAAUUCUUUAACUUCUUUUCAAAAGUUUAUUCUAGUGCUUAUGAAAUUGCGCUUAAACUUAAGUGGAGAAGAUUUAGCUUACCGAUUUGGCGUUAAAGCGGCGACUUCAGCGAGAAUAGUAUCGGAAAUGCUCAAUACUUUCUAUAUUAAAUUGAAACCUCUUAUUAUUUGGCCUAAUAAAGACCAACGUACCCGAACUAUGCCGAUCCGAUUUAAGCAAUAUUUUGGCUCCGAUAUCGUCGUUAUUAUCGAUUGCUUUGAAAUAUUUAUAGAACGCCCUUCCAAUCUAUUAGCUAGAGCUAAAACGUGGUCGCCUUAUAAAAUGCAUAAUACUAUUAAAUAUCUAAUUGGUGUUACUCCUCAAGGAACUAUUUCUUUUAUUUCUCAAGGUUGGGGUGGUCGUGUCUCUGAUAAACAUAUUACUGAAAAUUGCGGUAUAUUAGAUCAACUAUCGCCUGGCGAUAUUAUCUUAGCUGAUAGAAGAUUUAAUAUAGCAGAAAGCGUAAGCUCAAAAGGAGCAUUACUAAUCACUCCAAACUCAGCGAAAGGUAAUAAUCAAUUACCGGCUUUCGAUAUUGAACGAGCAAGGAAGAUAGCCCAUAUUACAAUUCAAGUCGAAAGAAUCAUUGACUUCAUCCGGCUUAAAUAUAAAAUAUUACAAAGUACUUUAAAAUUAUCCACCUUUCAAGAUCAUAAAGAAAUGCUUUCCAUCGACAAAAUAGUUACUGUAUGUUGUGCCUUAUUUAAUUUAUGCCCAUGCAUCGUGCCAAUCAAUUAA